AUGAAGUUCCUCGGGAAGUCCAGGAGCUCGACAGCUGCUUUUCUGCCUGUUUGCUGUCUCUUUUUGAAGAUUCUGCAACCAGGGCACAGCCGCCUUUAUAACAACCGCUAUGCUGGUGAUAAGGUGAUAAGACUUACUCCUAAAUCAGAAGAGGAAGCAUAUGCACUGAAGAAAAUAUACCACCAACUUAAGGUGGACCUUUGGCAGCCCAGCAGUAUCUCCUAUGUAUCAGAGGGCACCACUACUGACAUCCAUAUUCAUCAAAAUGCUUCUCAAGCUCUGUUAACCUUCUUACAGGAAGCUAACAUCCAGUACAAGAUUCUCAUCGGAGAUCUUCAGAAAGCUCUGGAAAAUGGAAACAGCUUGGGAACACAGAGAAGGAGAAGAUCCCUGUCUAAAUAUAACUAUGAAGUAUAUCACUCCUUAGAAGAAAUUCAGUGUUGGAUGCAUCAUCUGAAUAACACUCGUUCAGACCUCAUUCAGAUCUUCUCUAUUGGAAGAUCCUAUGAAGGAAGAGCUCUCCUUAUUUUAAAGCUGGGCAGGAAGUCACAAGCUUACAAAAGAGCUGUCUGGAUGGAUUGUGGUAUCCAUGCAAGAGAAUGGAUUGGUCCAGCCUUUUGUCAGUGGUUUGUAAGAGAAGCUCUUCUCACAUACAGGAGUGACCCAGCCAUGAGAAAAAUGUUGAAUCAUCUGUAUUUCUACAUCAUGCCUGUGUUUAACGUUGAUGGAUACCAUUUUAGCUGGACACAUGAUCGAUUCUGGAGAAAAACAAGAUCGAGGAACGGGUUUCACUGUCGUGGUGUUGAUGCCAAUCGUAACUGGAAAGUGAAAUGGUGUGGUGAAGGUGCCUCUUUGCACCCUUGUGAUGACACAUACUGUGGACCUUUCCCAGAAUCUGAGCCAGAAGUGAAGGCUGUAUCGAAAUUCCUCCGGAAACACAGAAAUCACAUUAAGGCUUACCUCUCCUUUCACGCAUACGCACAGAUGUUGCUAUAUCCCUAUUCUUACAAAUACGCAACAAUCCCCAAUUUCGGCUGUGUGGAAUCUGCAGCUCAUGAAGCUGUAAAGGCUCUUCAGUCUGUACAUGGGGUACAGUACAAAUAUGGACCUGCCUCCAGCAUGUUGUAUGUAAGCUCUGGUAGCUCCUUGGAUUGGGCUUACAAAACUGGAAUACCCUAUGCAUUUGCUUUUGAACUACGUGACACUGGGCAUUUUGGAUUUUUACUCCCAGAGAUGCUCAUCAGACCCACCUGUAUGGAGACAAUGCUGGCUGUGAAGAAUAUCACGAUGCACCUGCUGAAGAAGUGUCCCAAAGAACGCAGAAGAGUCAAUUCUGCCACAUGA